CCUGCCGCGGCCCCGCCAGCAGCGGCGCGGCGAGCGGGGCGCGGAGCGGCGGCGCCGGGGCGCGGAGUCCCAGCGGCGGCCGCAGCCCUCCGGCACGGCCCCGGGCCCAUCCCGGGAGCCGCCGCUAGGUGGGGGGGGGGAGCCCGGCCCCGGCCGCCCCGGCCGCACAACAAUGACUUUGGGCAGCAGCGGCGGCGGCGGCUGCGGGAUCAUGUCCGAGCGCUCCCCGGAGGAAGAGCCGCUCUCCGAGGUGGAGGACGCGGAUAUCGACGUGGUGGGCCCGCCCCAGGAUGGGGGCAAGUACAGCGAGGACGAGGAGGAGGAGGAGGACGACGACGAGGAGGAGGAGGACGAGGAGGACGGCGGCGAUCCGCUGGGGCUCGCCCUGCCGCGGAGCGGGGCCGCCAAGGCGCGCAUGGGGGGGUCCCCGGAGCGGCUCUCCCCCGCCGGCGGCUCGGAGCCGGCGUGCGCCCGCGGCGCCGCGCCCGGGGAGAAGGCGCCCGCGGGCGGCGGCGGCGGCGGCGGCGGCGCGGGGGGGAAGAACCCGCUGGUGAAGCCGCCCUACUCCUACAUCGCCCUCAUCACCAUGGCCAUCCUGCAGAGCCCCAAGAAGCGGCUGACGCUGAGCGAGAUCUGCGAGUUCAUCAGCGGGCGCUUCCCCUACUACCGGGAGAAGUUCCCCGCCUGGCAGAACAGCAUCCGCCACAACCUCUCCCUCAACGACUGCUUCGUCAAGAUCCCCCGGGAGCCCGGCAACCCGGGCAAGGGCAACUACUGGACGCUGGACCCCGAGUCCGCCGACAUGUUCGACAACGGGAGCUUCCUGCGCCGGAGGAAGCGCUUCAAGCGGCAGCAGCAGCUGCACCCGCCGCACCCCGAGCUGCUGCUGCGGGCCGGGGCCGCCGACCCCGCCGCCUUCCUGCCCGGCUUCGCCUACGGACCCUACGGCUACAACUACGGCCUGCAGCUCCAGGGCUACCCCCACCACCACCACCACCACCCCGGCGGAGGAGGCGGCGGCGCCGCGGGCGCCUUCCCCUUCCCGGCGCCGCACUGCCCGUUACCGGCUCCGCCGCCUCCCGCCGCCGCCUCCGUCUUCUCCGCCGCCUCGGGGCUGCCCUCCUUCCUGGGCGGCGAGCUGAACUGCAGGAAGUCCUUCUACCACCCCCAGCUGAGCCCCACCGCCCUGCCCGCCGCCCUCCUCCAGACCCUGAAGCCGGACCCCACGCCCGCCGGCGGCGGCGGCGGCGGUGCCGGCGGCGGCGGCGGCGGCGGCGGCACCAACCACCCCUCCCGGCCCUCUUUUUCCAUAGACAACAUCAUCGGGGGGGCCGUGCCCCCGCCGCCCAGCACCAACCCCAGCGCCGCGCCCGCCGCGCCCUACCCCGCCGGCCAGGCGGGCCCCCCGGCGCAGGUCCUGGCCGUGCUCAGCCCCGCCUUGGCCCCGGCACAGCCCCAGGUCAGCCUGGCACACGAGCCGCUCCUGCAGCCGGCCCAGAACUUUUCCAGUAAAAUCACAACCCUGAGCAGCUGUCAUUUUUAAAGUGUGCUGGGGAAGGCGGGGUGGGGGGCUGGGGGGGGGG